AUGGGGGACUACAGCCGCAGCAGCAAUGCAUGCGAAUUCGCCGGAGUGCCUUCAAACCGGCAGGGGCGGGGGCUGCCGCACCGGCGGCCGGGCACAGUGGCAGCAGCAGCAGCAGCAGACGCCGCAGGCAUGCGCACGGGGCGCAUAACAGAGCUGAACCAGCACACGCGGAAGCGCACAGACUGGCUGCACCGGAAGGGCCGCGAGUCCGCAGCAUUUUCGCUGUGCGUGGACGAGGGCAGCAGCGCAGCAGCAGCUGCUGCUGCUGCAGCGCAGCCGCCAGUUUUGCAAAAGAAAAGCCAACUGCGGCACUGCGGAGUCAACGUGGAGGAGCAAAGGCGCCACUUCCAGACCCGCUGGAAACCCGUGGAGGGCAAAAUGGCCUUCUGCACUGGCCGGCGAGAAGGCAGUGCUGCUGUUGAAUGCGAUUAUGACUUCAUCGACAGAGACAACACUUACCACACUUGGAAGCGAAUGAACGAGGGCCAAAGGCACACUGGCUCCCACCUGCAGGCAAGCCUUUGCAUGCACCUGCACGACUUGCACUUCGCUGCGUUCGACCGGUUUCUCACUGUGGAAGAGUCCGCAGGCCGCAGCGACCGGCUGCCAGAAGUGCACAACAGGAAUCCGCCGCUGCCGAACCUGGACGGCCCUUUUGAAAGGCCGCGGCCCCACGGGGGCAAUUUAGACCGCACUUUUAUGCCCCGCGAAGACGCGAAACGAAGCGACGACUACAUUCAAAAAAACAAGAAAAGUGUUUCCAGCAAGAGCAGCCACCUGCAGCUCUCCACUCUGCACAACGUGACGGGAGUCGACUUUGGGGAAAUGCGCCACGGGCUCAAAAGACACCCCUGCGAAGACCACGCCUUCGACUUCGUGUAUCCCCCCUCUGCCUCUUGA